AUGGUCCCUAGCAAUACGAACAAUCUCUGCAAUUGGAGUGCCAUAGUCUGUGACAGCACUAAUACAACAGUCUCAGAGAUAAACCUCUCCGGAGCCAAUCUUACUGGCUCACUUACGGGUUUGGACUUCACUUCUCUCCCCAGUCUCACUCGCCUGAACCUCAGUCACAAUGGUUUCAAUGGGUCAAUUCCAUCUGCUCUUGUUAACCUCUCCAAGCUCAUUUUCCUGGACUUGGGACACAACUUCUUCAAUGGAACUCUGCCUGCUGAGCUAGAUCAGCUGAAAGAGCUUCAGUAUAUGAGUUUAUACAACAACAACCUUAAUGGGACCAUUCCCUAUCAGGUCACGAAGCUCCAAAAGGUAUGGCACCUAGACUUUGGAUCAAACUACUUUGUUAAUCCUCCUGACUGGUCAAUAUAUUCAGGCAUGUCGUCCUUAACCCACCUUAGUUUAGCUCUCAAUAGAUUCACUUCUGAAUUUCCAAGCUUCAUUCUAGAGUGUCGAAAUUUGACAUUUCUAGACAUGUCCUACAAUCCGAUGAGUCUAAUACCAGAGUCAUUGUAUACCCAUCUGCAAAAGCUUGAAUACCUCGAUAUGAGCAAAUGUGAGCUAGAAGGACACUUGUCAACAAACUUGUCCAAGCUUUCCAAUCUCAAAGAAAUUCAUCUGCGUGCUAACAAGUUGACAGGUUCCAUUUUCGCAGAAAUAGGAUUAAUAUCUGGACUACAAGUUCUUGAAUUGAAUGAGAAUUUACUCGAGGGGGAAAUUCCUUCCUCUCUAGGCCAGCUUAGUGACUUGCGCCGUCUUGAUCUCAGACAAAAUUCCUUAAAUUCUACCAUUCCUUCUGAGCUUGGCCUUUGUACCAACCUAACCUUCCUGGCUUUAGCAGUGAAUUCUCUGGUUGGUUCCUUGCCAAUGUCGUUGUCCAACCUGACAAAAAUUAAAGAAUUGGGCUUAUCAGAUAAUCUCUUCACAGGUCAAAUCCCUGAUUCGUUGAUCUCUAAAUGGACAGAAUUAUCUUCUUUGCAGCUACAAAACAAUAAAUUUAGGGGAGAAAUCCCUGCAUCGAUUGGCCUGUUGAUGAAAAUUGACAUUCUUUUUCUAUACAACAAUACAUUCUCUGGCCCCAUUCCUCCCGAGAUUGGGAACUUGCAAGCAAUGAGCCAUUUAGACGUCUCUUCAAACAAAUUUUCUGGUCCAAUUCCUUCAACCAUAUGGAGACUUGAAAACAUUACAAUCAUAACUCUUGCCUCGAAUAACCUCUCAGGAACCAUUCCCAUGGAAAUUGGAAACCUCACUUCAUUGAUAAGUUUUGAUGUCAACAGUAAUUUUCUCCAUGGUGUGUUGCCCAACACUAUUUCCCAGUUAACCAAGUUACAAAAUCUUUCUGUAUUCACCAACAAUUUUUCAGGCGACAUUCCCAGAGAUUUUGGGAAGUACAGCCUUGAUUUGAGAUAUGUCUAUCUUUCAAAUAAUAGCUUCUCCGGGGAACUACCGCCUGAUCUGUGCAGCGGUUUUGCACUAAUGGACUUAAGGGUGAAUAACAAUAGUUUUUCAGGACCAUUGCCCAAGUGCUUGAGGAAUAGUUCAGCAUUAACAAUGGUGAAGCUUGAGAGAAACCAAUUCACAGGAAACAUCACAGAAGCAUUUGGGAUUUACCUAAAUCUUACAUCCAUCACACUCAGUGGCAACCAGUUUGUUGGUGAACUCUCCCCAAAAUGGAGCGAAUGCAAGAGCUUAAUCAAGAUAGACAUGGAUAACAACAAGCUCUCUGGGAAAAUUCCAUCUGAAUUGAGUUUGUUAAGCCAAUUACAAUAUCUAAGCCUACACUCCAAUCAAUUUACUAGUAGCAUUCCACCAGAAAUGGGAAAUCUAAGGCAACUUUACUUGUUUAACUUGAGCGGCAAUCAUUUGACAGGAGAAAUCCCCCAGACUCUUGGCAGAUUGGACCGCCUUAAUUGUCUUGACUUAUCAAAGAACAAGUUUACUGGAAGCAUACCGAAAGAGCUCAGUAACUGUGGCAGUUUAAUUGGCUUGAAUUUGAGCCAUAACAAUUUAACUAGGGAGAUACCAUUUGAACUUGGCAACCUGUUAUCGCUCCAAUACCUUCUGGACCUCAGCAGCAACUUUCUUUCAGGGCCAAUUCCUCAGAACCUAGAAAAGCUCAGUCAUUUGCAGAUCCUUAAUGUCUCACGCAACCAUCUUUCAGGGACAAUCCCACCAUCGUUUUCAAGUAUGCUCAGUCUUCAAUCCAUCGAUUUUUCUUACAACAACCUGAUGGGUCCUAUACCCAGGGAAGGUAUUUUCCAAAGAGCACCUACUGAAGCUUAUGUUGGAAAUUCUCGUUUGUGCGGCAAGGCAAAAGGAUUAAUUGCUUGUUCCACAGAAUCUUCCCUAGGCAACUCUGGAGGGGUCAACAAAAAGGUACUUCUUGGUGUCAUUAUACCAGUUUGUGCGCUACUAAUUUUCGGGGUGAUUGUUGUUAGAAUCCGAGUGUUCCACCAACGGGCCAAACUUCCAGACGAAGAGUCCAGCGAUGCUCAGAAGACUAAAAAAACUGUAAGCAUGAUUUGGGGAAGAAAGGGAAAAUUCACAUUUGCUGAAAUUGUUAAAGCAACCGAUGACUUCGACGACAAAUACUGCAUUGGAAAAGGAGGUUUCGGAAGUCUUUAUAGAGCAGAAUUACCUACAGGUAUAGUUGUCGCUGUCAAAAGACUCAAUAUCUCAAACUCUAGUGACAUUCUAGCUGAGAAUCUUCGUAGUGUCGAGAAUGAGAUAAAAGCUCUUACCGAAGCAAAACACCGCAAUAUCAUAAAGCUUUAUGGGUUUUGUCACACUGAAGAACACGCACACUUGGUUUACGAGUAUGCGGAAAGAGGCAGCCUAGGAAAAGUGUUGUACGGCGAGGAAAUGAAGACGGUAUUAAGCUGGCCUCAGAGAGUGAAGAUUGUGCAAGGGAUAACGCAAGCUAUAGCGUACCUACAUAACGAUUGCAUCCCACAAGUUGUACAUCGAGAUGUGACGUUGAAUAACAUAUUGCUGGACUCAGAAUAUGAACCCCGCCUCGCAGAUUUUGGCAUAGCGAAGCUUCUUACGCCAAAUUCAACAACAUGGUCCUCAAUUGCUGGCUCCUAUGGCUACAUGGCUCCAGAGCUAGCACAAACAACGCAGGUGACAGAGAAGUGUGACGUUUAUAGUUUUGGAGUGGUGGUAUUAGAGAUAUUACUGGGAAAGCACCCCGGCGAUUUCUUGGCCACAUUGCCAUCAAUGGAGAAUCCACAAGUGUUGGUGAAGGAUGUAAUAGACCAAAGAUUCCCACCUCCUCCAGCUCGAUUGGGCGAAGCGAUAGCCUUUAUAAUGACCAUAGCCUUGGCAUGCACGCGAACGCACCCUGAGUCUAGACCCACCAUGCAUUUUGUGGCCCAACAAUUCUCGGCUAUUGAGCAGACUUCUCUUGUGGAACCCUUGAGCACAAUAUCCCUAAAUAAGCUAACAAGGUUUCAUAUGUAG